AUGGCGACCUCACGGGGGAGAACGAAGAAAAAAGCAUCUUUUGAUCAUUCUCCAGAUAGCCUUCCUUUGAGGAGUUCCGGUAGGCAGGCGAAGAAAAAGGCCCCGGAGACAACGGAUGAGGAUGAAGACGGUGGGUCAGAGAAAAAGUACAGGAAAUGUGAAAAAGCAGGCUGUACGGCCACGUGUCCUGUGUGCUUUGCAAGUACUUCUGAAAGAUGUGCCAAAAAUGGCUACACAUCCCGAUGGUAUCACCUCUCCUGUGGGGAGCAUUUCUGUAAUGAAUGCUUUGACCAUUACUACAGAAGUCAUAAGGAUGGAUAUGACAAAUAUACUACAUGGAAAAAAAUAUGGACAAGCAAUGGAAAAACUGAACCUAGUCCCAAAGCUUUCAUGGCAGACCAGCAGCUCCCCUACUGGGUUCAGUGUACAAAACCUGAGUGUAGGAAAUGGAGGCAGCUUACCAAGGAGAUCCAGCUGACUCCCCAGAUAGCAAAGACCUACCGUUGUGGUAUGAAACCAAAUACUGCUGUUAAGACUGAGACCUCAGACCAUUGUUCCCUCCCAGAGGAUCUAAGAGUGUCGGAAGUGUCCAACCACUGGUGGUACUCCAUGCUCAUCUUACCUCCUUUGCUGAAAGACAGCGUGGCUGCUCCCCUGCUCUCGGCCUACUACCCAGACUGUGUGGGCAUGAGUCCAUCCUGCACCAGCACGCACCGCGUGGCCAGCGACGCCAGCCCCGGGAAGCUGGAGCACCCCAAGGCGGUCCCUUCUGUGCUGGUUCCAGGCAUGAACCGGUACUUCCAGCCUUUCUACCAGCCCAACGAGUGCGGCAAAGCCUUGUGCGUGCGGCCAGACGUGAUGGAGCUGGAUGAGCUCUACGAGUUCCCGGAGUACUCUCGGGACCCCACCAUGUAUCUGGCUCUGCGGAACCUUGUCCUCGCCCUGUGGUUCACUAACUGCAAGGAAGCUCUUACUCCUCAGAAAUGUAUUCCUCACAUCAUCGUCCGGGGUCUCGUGCGCAUUCGAUGCGUUCAGGAGGUGGAGAGGAUACUUUAUUUUAUGACGAGGAAAGGUCUCAUCAACACAGGAGUUCUCAGCGUCGGCCCCGACCAGCAUCUUCUGCCUAAAGAUUACCACAAUAAAUCAGUCAUCAUUAUUGGGGCUGGUCCAGCCGGAUUAGCAGCUGCUAGGCAGCUGCAUAACUUUGGAAUUAAGGUGACUGUCCUGGAGGCCAAAGACAGAAUCGGAGGCCGAGUGUGGGAUGAUAAGUCUUUCACAGGCGUCACGGUGGGACGAGGAGCCCAGAUUGUCAAUGGCUGUGUUAACAACCCCGUAGCACUCAUGUGUGAACAACUUGGCAUCAGCAUGCAUAAGUUUGGAGAAAGAUGUGACUUAAUUCAGGAAGGUGGAAGAAUAACUGACCCCACUAUUGACAAGCGCAUGGAUUUUCAUUUUAAUGCUCUCUUGGAUGUGGUCUCUGAGUGGAGGAAGGAUAAGACUCAGCUCCAAGAUGUCCCUUUAGGAGAAAAGAUAGAGGAGAUCUACAAAGCUUUUAUCAAAGAGUCUGGAAUCCAGUUCAGUGAGCUGGAGGAGCAGGUGCUUCAGUUCCAUCUCAGUAACCUGGAAUAUGCCUGUGGCAGCAACCUUCAUCAGGUGUCUGCUCGCUCCUGGGACCACAAUGAAUUCUUUGCCCAGUUUGCGGGUGACCACACCCUCCUCACUCCCGGAUACUCCGUCAUCUUAGAAAAACUGGCCGAGGGACUGGACAUCCGGCUCAGGUCUCCCGUACAGAGUAUUGACUAUUCUGGAGAUGAAGUGCAAGUUACCACUACGGAUGGAACAGCGUGUCCAGCUCAGAAGGUGUUAGUCACUGUGCCGCUGGCUUUACUGCAGAAAGGUGCCAUUCAGUUUAAUCCACCGUUGUCAGACAAGAAGAUGAAGGCCAUCAACAGCUUAGGAGCAGGCAUCAUUGAAAAGAUUGCCUUGCAAUUUCCUUAUAGGUUUUGGGACAGUAAAGUUCAAGGGGCUGACUUUUUUGGUCACGUUCCUCCUAGUGCCAGCAAGCGAGGGCUUUUUGCCGUGUUCUAUGACAUGGAUCCCCAGAAGCAGCACAGCGUGUUGAUGUCGGUGAUCGCGGGGGAGGCAGUGGCGGCCGUCCGGAACCUGGAGGACAAGCAGGUGCUGCAGCAGUGCAUGGCCACCCUGCGCGAGCUCUUCAAGGAGCAGGAGGUCCCAGAUCCCAACAAGUACUUUGUCACCCGCUGGAGCACGGACCCCUGGAUCCAGAUGGCAUACAGCUUCGUGAAGACAGGGGGCAGCGGUGAGGCCUACGACAUCCUUGCUGAGGAAAUACAAGGAACCGUCUUUUUUGCUGGCGAGGCAACAAACAGGCAUUUUCCACAAACUGUUACAGGGGCAUAUUUGAGUGGUGUUCGAGAAGCAAGCAAGAUCGCAGCAUUUUAA